AUGGCAACUAUCACAACACCCAGUAUAACAACAAUUGAACAGUUAAGUAUUAACAAUCCAUCAUAUGUCUCCGAUCCAAAUGAUCCAACAGAAAAUACUAUCGAUGAUGAUAUUCUUCCCUCGAUGGCAUUCGAUCGACAAGCACGACCACAAUCAACUCGUACAACUCGUUCAACAACAAGUCGUUCAUCAGUAAAUAACCUUGAUGGACGUAUGUCGUGUCAUGAGUAUCAUGCUUCUAAAUAUUUCUCAUAUAGAAAUCAAGGAUUUGAAAAAGCACUUUAUAACAUUCAAAAAGGAUUUUUUCCAAAUAUUGAUUAUACAAAUGAAUAUCGAGAUAAUCUUAUGAAACGAUCAUGGUUAUUAAUAGAGUAUGUAGUUUCUCUGGUUUUUUCUUCUCUAAAUUAUAACUAUUCUUUUUCGAUAUAUUUAUUUAUAUAUAGUAUUGAUCAUUGGAA